GAGCCUUUCUUUCUCCCCUUCUUCAUUUCAGGCUUUCACAUCCUUUACCUUCACCUUCUUCCUUCUUCCUUCUUCCCCACAGAUAACGGCUUCUGUGACAGAACAGUAUCAGCACAGUGAACAAAAUCGCAUGCCUUUUCUUCUCCCUCUCAAAUCUGAUUUCGAAUUUGAUCCUACCUAUUUUCAGCUGUACGAAUUCUCUCAUGACUACGAACAUAUCAUUUUCGGAUUUCGAUUGUUACAAGGUUGCUCCGGUGUCGUUUUCUUCGCCCUGCGCCUGCCCCUCCCGUCCUUCGUUCUGUAAGCCAUUUCCUCGCCCUCGAUCCUCAUUGGAAUUCAAUCGCUUGCGUUUUGUCCUACAUGGCCAAAAGGGCCUGCUCAGAAUUAGCAAGAGCAGCAGUUUGGCGAGACGCCACAUUGUAGCUGUGGCACAUGCCGAGCCCGACCGGAUUGACGGGAAAGAGCCCGAAGAGGAGGUUGAGGGAGGUCAACAGUUAUCAUUUCAAGAGGAUCCAAUCUCAGAACAGCAACAUAAAAAAAAUCAAUUAAAGAAACGCAUUGUUUUUGGGCUUGGCAUUGGAAUAACUGGAGGUAUUAUAGUAAUGGCUGGAGGAUGGGUAUUCACCGUGGCUGUUGCUGCAUGUAUUUUUGUUGGUGCCCGUGAGUAUUUUGAAUUGGUCAGAAGCCGUGGGAUCACCGCAGGAAUGACACCCCCACCUCGAUAUGUUUCACGAAUUUGCUCAGUUAUUUGUGCUCUCAUGCCCAUUCUUUGCUUGUACUUCGGUCAGCUUGAUGUUACUACCACAUUUUCUGCCUUCAUUCUUGCAAUUACAUUGCUUCUACAAAGAGGCAGUCCCAGAUUUUCUCAGCUGAGCAGUGCAAUAUUUGGGCUUUUUUAUGUUGGUUAUCUUCCUUGUUUCUGGGUCAAACUUCGUUGUGGUUUGGCUGUUCCAGCCAUAAACACUGAAAUAGGAGCAAGAUGGCCAUUUCUUCUUGGAGGCCAAGCUCAUUGGACUGUUGGCCUUGUUGCAACCUUGAUUUCUAUGAGCAGUAUAAUUGCAGCUGAUACAUAUGCUUUUCUUGGUGGCAAGGCAUUUGGCAAGACCCCACUGACAAAUAUUAGUCCAAAAAAGACGUGGGAGGGUACUAUUAUGGGCUUGGGUGGUUGUAUUGCUACAUCUGUUAUUCUAUCAAAAAUUCUUUGCUGGCCGUCUUCUAUGAUUAGUGCAAUAGCUUUUGGAUUUCUCAAUUUUUUGGGUUCUGUUUUUGGUGAUCUUACUGAGUCAAUGAUAAAACGUGAUGCUGGUGUCAAGGAUUCUGGAUCUUUAAUCCCUGGACAUGGUGGAUUGCUUGACAGAGUGGACAGCUACAUUUUUUCGGGGGCACUAGCGUAUUCCUUCAUCAAAGCAUUCAUGCCACUUUAUGGCGUUUGAGAUAGUGAUGAUCCAUGUAUUUGGAGGUCAGGAAAGUCCCGACUCUCUAAGUUUUUGCCCUUGUGGGGAAAUAUAGAAGGAAAAACCAGUCUGCUCUCUAACUCUGGAGAAGCAUGAGCAUCAGCUAAUUUAUCGCGUAGUACCCAGAAGAACUUCAGCUUACUUAGUUCCACCAGGUCUUUAAAAGUCCCAAGUGAAAGUAUCUGUUUACCAGGUAAUUUGUACAUAGGCAAUAUUAAAUAAAACAUGCAGCUAUUUUAUGGUUCGCAUUCAUACCUUAAGAUAGUUCUUCGUUUCUUGGAGACCAAGGUUUGUUUUUCCUUAUUCCUAGUCCCGUUUUUGGGCAGCAAUUUAUAGGACUUGUAGCUCUGUAAGCCAUGUUGAUGUUGGAAGACGGGGUUUAAUCUUGUAAUGCUCCUUGCAUAUACUGUCAGAGGCUUAUAGUUUGUUACUUCUCUUUAUUCAAUUAGUUAGUGAUUCAUUUUA